AUGGCCAAAAACAAAAAGAGUAGCAAGAAGAAGAACAAUAACAACGCCAAACGAAAUCCCGUGAACAACAAUCAAUUCUCCAACCUAGAGAACAACCCUUCGGCCGAUCCCGCCCCGGAAUCGGCGGUUGCAUCUGGGGAAAAUGGGCCACCCGAUCCAGACAACAACCCUCCCGCGGCAGAAGAAGCCUCUCCCCCAGCCGACAACCCCGAGGAAAGCUCCACCUCUUCCCCUGCUGACACAUCGUCGUCUCCGGAUGCUGAAGGUUCUUCUGAAGCCACCACAGCCCCUCCUGAUCCUGCAGAGACCCCUGCCGACGCGCCCGCAGAAUCAAAGGAUGGAGGAGAGAACGCUGCCCCCGAAACGGACGAUUCUGCGCAGAAGCCAGAGGAUGAAAAUCCAGACAAGUCGGACGAACCGGCCGCAGAAGAACAAACCACCGAGAAUCCAGCAGAGACCCCAGCAGAGACCCCAGCAGAGACCCCAGCCGAAAACCCAGCAGAGACUCCGGCUGAAAAUACAGAGCCUGCACAGACUCCAGACGCUGGAGACUCUGAAACAGCAGUAGACCACACUGAAGCACCUAGUAACGAGGAUGACUUUCCAGAAUGUGAUCCUAGUGCAGAAAUUGACAAGGUUGAAGCCGAAAAGGCAGAGGCCGAAAGACAAGCGGCCGAAGAUGCAAAAGUGGAGGAAGAAGAAGCCGCCAAGGAGAAGGAACUCAUUGAUGUUGACAAUGGAGCGGGAACAUCAGAUGCCACUCCCGAUGCUGUCACUGACAGCCCACAACAAGACUCUGAUGUGGCUGGCGAACCUGCCGCUGAAACGAAUGACGAGACCUCUGCCUCUGAUGAACAAGGGACAGUGGGGGGUGAUGCGCCUCCAGAAGCUCCAGAGGCUCCAGAGGCACCGGAAGCCCCAGCUGCAGAAGUAUCAGCAAACGAUGUCACGGCGGAAGAACCCAAGGCAGCUGAGACACAAGAAUCCGACUCCCCUCUUGCGGAACCCGAAAGCCCUGCUGCCGAAGACCCUGGAGCCGAGCCAGCUGAUCCCCAGCCUAGUCCGCCAGAAGCCGCCGCCGAGGACACACCCGAAACGCCUCCUGAGGAGACGUCCAAAGAGACGGUGAAUGACAAGGAGGAUCCUGAACCUGCCCCAGCAGCGAACACAUCGGGGGAAGAUGAGCCUCAACAGGCCGACAAUCCUUCCAACGAUGAAGAGAAGGACCAGGCGGAAACGGUUUCCGAAGAGCAAAACGCUUCAACAGAAGACGCGGCAACACCAACCGCUCCUAGUAAUGAGCCUGAACCUACAGCAGAUGCCGCGCCCGGGGACGACUCUGUUCAGGACUGCAAACCUGAAACAGCCGCUGGGGAAGAAGGGUUGCAGGAAGCUUCAAAGGAAGAAACACCAGGCGAAGGCGCUGCCGAGGAACAUGCUCCUGAGCAGUCUCCUGGCGACGGCCCUGCUGAGGCAGAUGCAGUGGAAGCUCCGGCAGAGACAGAAUCUGCUCCAGAAGCAGCCGCCGAAAAUACAUCGGAAGAACCUUCAGCCGCCCCAGAACCGGUAUCUGGAGAAGAUGCAGUCGCAGAGCCCGUCGAAGGUGAUCCAGAGGAGACCUCUGUCGAUAAACCAGCAGAGGCAACCGAAGAGGUGUCAGCGGAAGCGCCAGUGCCCGAAGAGCCUUCUCCGGAUGAAGGAGCUCAGGAUAAGGCAGAGCCAUCCCAAGAGCCUGCACCUGUUGAACCAGCAACGGAGGAAGCCCCAGCUGGUGGUGAAGCAGACGCUGGGCCUUCUGGUGUGGAAGCCCCUGCAGUGGCUGAUGCCGGUGACAAGGCGGUUGAGCCCGAGACAAUCCCUUCUGCCGAAGAAACUACCGAAGAAUCACCUGAUGAACAGGAAGCGCCGGAAGCAAAGGAUGAAACCCCUCCAGCAGAGGAAGCAGCGCAACCAGAGUCUGCAGCUGAGGAGUCGUCGCCGGCUGAAGAACCGCCUAAGGAGAUUGCCGACCCUGAAGCCCCAGCAGAAGAAACACCUGCAGCAAAUGAGGCAGAUGAGGCUCCCCAACCUCAACCCGAAGAAGCCGCUCCGGCCGAGACUCCAGAGGAUGGACCGGCCCCUGCGGAAGAGCCUCCUGCUAAGGAGGAGCCUACGCCGUCCGAGACUCCCGCACCCGCAGAAGAGCCCACGCCAGAUGCCGAACGCGCUAUAGAGGAAGAACCAGGUGCCCCUGCUGGGGAAGCAGCAGACGUUGAAGAACCCGUAGCAACUGACGAAGCGGCCCCUUCUGAUGAGUCUGCGCCUGUUGAGGCCCCUCCUGCUGCUGAGGAACCUGCUCCGUCCGAGGACCCCAGCCCAACCGAAGAAACCCCUGCUCCCGUCGAACCACCUGCCCCAGCUGAAGAACCAUCUGCCCCAGCUGAAGAGCCUCCUGCCCCAGCUGAAGAGCCUCCUGCCCCAGCUGAAGAACCCCCUACUCCAGCUGAGGAACCUGCUGCAGAGCCGGAGCAAACCCUGGAAGAGCCCACUCCAGAUGGCGAAUGUGCCAUAGCUGAUGAACCGGCUGCCCCUGCAGAAGAAUUGCCGCUACCUGAAGAGCCCUCUGUGGAGCCCAUUGAGGAAGGAGUCGCACCUGAUGAGCCUAUUCCUGCAGAACCGAUCCCCGAAGAUCUCCCGAGAGGGGAGGAUGUUGCUGAAGAGGCCCAAGGAGGUGUAGCACCUGCUUCUGGUUCUAGGAGGCGAAAGAGACGGUCUCCCGGCAUAGAGAGCGAACGACGUCACUCCAAGGUAUCCUCUGAAGAGCGUCGGUCCCUGCAAUUACAACGACAGAAGAGUGACCGUGGCAUCUUAACAAACCGGUGGGCCAAAGCCUUGGAAGAGGCGAAGCGGCAACACAGGGAGAAGUUAAUUCAGGAAGAGAAACGUCGGAGAGAGAAGGAAAGGGAACAACUAUCCUUGGAGAAAGAGAAGGAGCGUCGAGAACAUGAGCGGUCCAGACGACGGUCUUCAAAAGAUAAUGAUACAGUCCCCGUGAAGACACGUCACCGGAGCUCAGAGCACUCAGGCAGCCGUGACCGAGGCCGAGAUCUGAAGGGAGCUCCAGCCUCUUCUUCUUCGAAACAAGGAUCGGCAACGACAUCAGCACCGAAACCCCGCGCAUUCCUGAGAUACAUGACGGCGGGUGAAUCGGACACGAACGGGCCCUUGUUGAAGAUCAACGGUGCGAAGGCCGCCGCCAACGUUGUUGAACGUCGGAGAUCAUCUACUAGUCAUUCGCACGGCCAUCGUCACUCGCAUGAAGGAAGGGGGUCCAGCGAACGCUCCAGCGGAUCCCGCCAUGAAGAAGAAAAGCGUCGGGAGGCGCGAAAGUCCCGACGGACAUCCGAAGAUGAGCAAGCAAAGGCGAAAGAAGAAUCGCCUGAGAGUCGUCGCCACCGUCACAGCGGCGAGGGGCGCCAUCGUCACCAUCGGCAUAGGCGGGAGCCUUCUCCCAGCGCGGGAACCAAGUUGAAGAACAUUUUCAAGUCGGCCAUAGUGGCCCAUUGA